CGUCAGCGGCGAGCCGGGGCCGUUGGGGCUGCGGAGGCCCCGCCCUCGCCGCCGGGCUGCGCGGCCCUGGCCUUGGCGGCUCGACCCUCCCCCCGAUGAGGGUGCUCGGGCGGCCGCGGUCCCCGGCGGCACUGGUGCUGCUGCUCCUGCGGCCGCUGCUCGCUUCCGGAGAGUCCGCGUCCGGCCGGCAGGCCCGAGCCAUGAACCCGGGCGGCGGCGCGCGGGGCUCGCCGGCGGACAGCCACCGCUUGCAGCGCUCCACCGUGCCGGGCUCCGACCCGCAGCGCUACAACGAACUGCUGCUCCUGCUGGCGGCCCGGGAGGAAGCCGCCCCGGAGCCGCGGCACCACGUCCUCUACUUCCCCGGGGAUGUGCAGAAUUACCAUGAAAUUAUGACUCGUCAUCCUGAGAAUUAUCAAUGGGAAAAUUGGAGUCUAGAAAACAUUGCCACCAUCUUAGCCCACCGUUUUCCCAACAGUCAUAUUUGGGUAAUAAAGUGUUCCCGGAUGCAUUUGCACAAAUUCAGCUGCUAUGACAAUUUUGUGAAGAGCAACAUGUUUGGUGCACCAGAACACAACCCGGACUUUGGAGCCUUUAAACACUUGUACAUGUUAUUAGUCAAUGCUUUUAGCUUAACUCAGAACGGUUUGCUGUCCAAGAACAGGAGUGUCUGCAAUAAGGAUAGUAAAGCAUCUAACUGUGACUCCAGUUCUUCUAGUAGUAGUAAUGGUGGCCAGCAGGAAAAAGAGAGGACCUGUGAAAACCUGGAGGGCUCUGCCGGGAGUUCUGCUCCGCUAUCAUUGAAUGCUGCAUCGUUUACUUUGGUGGGAUUCAGUAAAGGCUGUGUUGUUUUGAAUCAGUUGCUGUUUGAGUUGAAGGAAGCCAAGAAAGACAAGAACUUAGACACCUUCAUCAGAAGUAUAAGAGCGAUGUACUGGCUGGAUGGUGGUCAUUCUGGAGGAGGCAAUACUUGGGUCACCAAUCCAGAAGUCUUGAAAGAGCUCACUCAAACAGGGAUUACUGUUCACACUCAUGUAACACCUUAUCAAGUACAUGAUCCAAUGAGAUCCUGGAUUGGAAAGGAGCACAAGAAAUUUGUUCAGAUACUUGGGGAUUUGGGUAUGCAGGUGACCAGCCAAAUUCAUUUUGCAAAGGAAACUCCCUCCAUAGAGAAUCACUUCAGGGUUCAUGAAGUGUUCUGAGACUUCAUGUGCUUGCUUAAGUGGGAGAACCAAGGACUUCGUUAAAACAGAUGACAAGAUGUAAGAGUAAUUAGAUGCAUUGUCAGUUUGUGGGCUAAGAAGAUGCACAUUCCAAAAAUAUGUGUCAUAGACAGUAGGAUUCCUUGCUUGUAAAUGUGCACAGCUUUAAAUUUUGAUUGGAUUAGAAUUAAUUUGAAGUCUAGAAGGAUAGUUUGUGAUAAUUCUAUGUCCUUUAAAAAUGAAAGAAACACAGUGUUAGUCUUUUUAAAAGGUAAUAAAACUGGUGUUGGAAAUAGCUGAUUUUCUGAGAGCUGUUUUAAACUAACAUUCAGCUGUUGGCUACAGUCAUUUCACGUCUUUCUCUGUCCAGGGUUCUUGGGACAUUUGCACCCUGCAUCCUGCCUCCUGGGAAAGUUUUGUGAUCCCCUGGGCUCAUUCUCAGUGUUCCACCAAGUGUUUGUUUUGUUUUGUUUUUUAAAAUCAAAAUAUAUUUAUUCCCUUAUAUUCAAGAUCAUAAGAUUGUAUAGUUGGGUUUUAAAACAUAUUACACUAAGCACUGUAACUUAAUUCUUAAUUGACAGUUUUUAAUUAUCUGUUAGUGUGCUGUCAAAAGGAACCAGAUUCCACAGACCUAAAUCAGCAUUUCUUCAGAAGCAUGGUUUUGUCUGCCAAGAGAAAAUGGCUUUCUUUGGCCAAAUGUAAAAUUACAUUGAGAUAAGAAAGGUUACAAAGGAAAGUUUGAAGACACAAAUAAUUUAAAUUUUGGCCCAGAAACUGAAUUUGCUUAACACUGCUACAUAAUUUGGGUGAGGUUUCCUUCUGCCCAUUUUUCUUCACUAGAUAAAUGCAUUUUGAAAAACCAAAAUCUAACGAGUUUCAAACAAUAUUGGAACAAAGCUGUAUGGUUAUAAAAGUGGCACUUUUUAUUUAUGAAUAAAUAAAUGAAGCUUUCUAGGUCAUGGAAUAACUAAACAUGGAAAUAACAUGCUGUUUUGGGAUCAAAAAGAAAAUGUAUACUAAAGAUUAGUAUCUUAGUGUAUGCAAAGUGUUAAUUUCUUGGUUUCUUCCAAAAUUACAUUUUAAUCAUCCUAUAAAUAUAUUCCCAAUAUUCGCUAAUGAGAAAGGAUUCCUUCACACCAGAUGUUUAAAAUGAAUGUGCUUCUAUCAACUACAGAUAAGUGUCUGUUUGUUUUUUUCUAAAUAGUUUUAUAUUGUUUCACUUUGAAUAUGUUUUGAGACCAGCACUCCCCAUUGUAGAAACAAGUCACCUGACUUCUUUCUACCUCACUGUGCAUUUCCUUCACUUUAAGCACUAUGAUUGGAUGGCUACAUUCAAUUUGUUUAAUGGUCGUCAAAUGUGUCACUUAAUGUAAAACAGCUGAAUUCCUGAAUGGCCAUACAGCGGGAAGACGUUUGUUUUCACAGGAUUAACUCAAGUGGAAAGAGAAGGGGUCUAUUAAGAAUUCAUUUUGAAAGUCUGAGUUAGUUCCUCACCUCUCCAUUCAUGUGAAUGUUCAGUUGUUACAUGUUACAGUGGACAUUGAUCCAAGGGACACCUAAAACUGCCAUCACUUCUGGAGAUAGUGUUGAAUAAUACAAACACUUGGGAGUGGAAAUGAUUGUUAACCCACACACAGGUAUGUCUGUAUAAUACUACAAAUUGGUCCUUUUCCACAUUUCUUUAAAACUGUGUAUGUUAAAUUUGUUAUUGUCAACGUGUGUCCUACUUGACUGUGCCUUUGUAAAGAGAAGUGUCUUACAAAUGGAGAGUUGGUACCACCACAGCAUGAACAUCUAACUGUAUUAAAAAUAAUAAUCCACAGAAAUGGUGUUCGGAUCUCUCAGAUCAUUGGAAACUGUACACCUUGCCAUUUUGUGUGUCUGUUUUUUCUUCCCUGUCUUUUUCAAGUUCAUUGAGUACACUUCGUGUUAAUUAUUCCAUAACUGCCAGCAUUAUACUCAUUUCUUCUGUUUGGUUCCUAGAGGAAGUCCUUAAAAACCUCUUCCUUUUCUUUGCCGACAUCUUAGCUGCCUAUACUCUGUUAACCCAUGAAAGACCAUUGGAAUAUAGUGAUUUGUUUCAUUUCAUUUAUGCAGUGUCCAAGCACCCCCUGUGUAAUGAGAAUCUAAGCAACAAGAAUCUAUCUCAAGUCCCCCCACGUUAGCAGAGAAAUGCACAACAGCCUAGAAUUUAGGAACAUCUGAAACAAAGUAUUGUAUCUUAUUUGAAGGCCUUUUAGAGCAACAUGAAUUAAGGAAUAAGGGCUAAGUGGUCUCAGCUGUGACUCAGUGCUUUAACUGAAGUGGGCCUCACAGUCUGAGUCAGUGGUGGGGACAGGGACUCAGGAGUCAUUUUAGUCUGUCUCCUGGUAUAUUUAAGACGCCCAUUGACGACUUCUCUGUUUGAAACAAGGUUGACACCAGAGUGCCAGCCUGUCAGUUCCUUCCUAACACUGGAGGAAGGAGCCAUGUGGGUACAAUCCCAAACUCUAUCCCAACCUGCCUUUCACCUCCCUGAAAUGACCUCCCCUACUCCACAACUCCUUAGAUUUAGCUUCACCUUUUUAUAGGUAUGAGAUACGCCUUGUAUUGGAUUCUCUGCAAAUGUUCACAUAGCUGCUACAAAAGGAUAAAAGAAAUUUAGCCUUGUUGGCCGUCUCUUGGUAUUUCAUACAUUUUGAAAGUAUGGAAGAAGUACUCUUAAUGAAAUACGCCAGGAUAAAUAUUGUGUCAUGGAAAGCUAAUAGUGUUGUGAAAUGUUUUUGAACAAAAUGUACAAAGCCACAGAUGUCUCCCGUGACUACUCAGCCCUGUCUCAGCAAUUGCUAUCACUAGGUUGGCUGUGUACCUAGCAGAGCUAAUUGUAUCUAUGUAAAGAUUUACACAUCAUACAUUGUUCCAAUGGCAGCAGAGUUUUAAGAUUUUUAUGUAACUGAACUGGACAAAUUCCAUGCCAACUCAUGUAACUGCCAGACUCCUCGGUUGCAUGUACUGUACCAUAUUCUGCCGUCUUCUCAUUGACUGUUUUCGUUUGUGUCCGUCUGUCUAUAGUAAGCUGUACAGGAAGUUUUGUUGGGAGAAAACUAGUUUAAGCCUCGCAUCAGCCGGAAGAAUGGGGUCGGACUGAUAUCAUCACCACUGUAAUCUCCGUUUCUGUAGCAGCUCAUUAACCAGAACCAUCUCUGCAACCCAGAGUGAUUAUAUAAUGUCUAACAUUCAUUCAUUCAAUAAAAUAUUUCAGAUCCAAUGAA